UUAGUCAAGCAAUCAAACGGAAACAGAAGAAAAUCUGAGAAUUCUAAAUCCUAAUUCUCUCUCUCUCUUACUCUCUCACUGUAUUUGCUGCGAUGUCGAAGAACGAUUCGAUUUCGAAAGGCUCGGGAAUCGGCGCCUCCGGCUCCAUGGAGGAGCUGAAGAAGAUCUUCAACAAGUUCGACAAGAACGGCGACGGCAGGAUCUCCUGCGACGAGCUCAGGGGCAUUUUCGGCGAGCUCGGCUCCGAGACGGCCUCCCUGGAGGAGGUGCAGCGCAUUAUGGCGGAGUUCGACAAGGACGGCGACGGCCACAUUGACAUUGCGGAGUUCGCCGAGAUCAUCAAUGGCGGAUCCACCAAGGAGCUUCGCGACGCGUUCGACCUAUACGACCUCGACAAGAACGGGCUGAUCUCCAAAAGUGAGCUGCACGAGGUGCUGAAGCGGCUGGGGCAGAAGUGCUCGCUCAAGGAGUGCGCGAAGAUGAUCGGCUCCGUCGACGCCGACGGCGAUGGCCACGUAAACUUCGCCGAGUUCAAGAAGAUGAUGACUCGAAACUAAAAGCGAUCGGAUCGAUAUAUUGUGCAAGUGGGUGGCCGUAACAAAAGGUUGGGUGGCAUUAAUGAUAAUUGGGUGGCGUUGCCGUGUUUGGGAUGGGGAGUGGUGGUUGUACCGAAUAUAAUACGCAUAUGGUCAUGUGGUCAUAGCUGACCUCAACGCGGAAUUGGGCUUUUGAUGUUGGUCCCAUGGGUCGUGGAUACUGGAUGACCGUUCGAUUGAAGACACAAAUCGUGCUUUUUGUGUGCAUUUUGGUUGCUCUGUACUCCUUCUCGUCCUAUUUAUCUUGUUCGGACUCAAGAAUAUUUUCUCAACGAAUAAUUAAUUAUAUUUUUUAUAACUUUUUGUUAAAAAUGUGGUAGCAUGCUUUCUAGUAAAACUAUCGACCCCAAGAUCUUGGAGGGGAAGCCGAGUUUCGGGAUAAUGCUUUCUAGGAAAUUGAUGUUGUUUGCUGUCUACGACUCCUUUGAUGCAAUUUUCUAUGUGAGAAUUGGGCAAUAUAGUAAAUAAAACACAACGUAAUUUUGCUA